AUGGCCUCUGAAGACUUAGCGGCUGGCCCGCUGGAAGAGACUGCGCCGCUUCGGGCUGCGAGUCAGGCAGAGGAUGACUACUACCUCGCUCCAAUGACAGAGCUUGACUUGGACGCGUGGUGCAAGCUGCAAUGGCAAGGAUUCCCGGCGCUGUACGACUGGCUUGAGCCCAAGGAGGGACGCCCCGAUGAUGUGACCAGAUUGCGAAGAGGCAGCAAACGUUGCCUUGCUAUGCUCAGGCGGCCUCAUACGAUCUGCACGAAAGCAGUAGAACGCUCGUCGGGUGCGCUCGUCGGCAUCGCCGUUUGGGCAGAGCCCGGCGGCCGUCUAGAGGCUCCAUUCAACUACAAGACCGUGGGCGAAGACCCGGAGAGCUGGCAAGGCGUCAAUAUCGCUGCACACAAGAAUCUGUUCGAUGGGUACGACAGAGAGCGCCGCGAGAUCCUGAAAGAUCAACCUCAUUGGUAUCUGGGACCCAUCGUCGUCGAUGAGGCGCAUCAACGGCGCGGUAUCGCGUCCUUGCUGCUCAAGCAAGGCACAGACCUCGCAGACUCAUCAGAUCCGCCGCUUCCGCAUUAUCUGGAAGCAACAGAGGCAGGCUGUCCUGUCUAUCAGAAGCUCGGCUGGGAGCUCGCAGCUCGUCGGAAGAUGGGACACAUCAUGAUCAGACCAGCGAGAGGUCGGACACUUGCCCGAACGCUUGACGGCUGGAUUGACACUGCGCCGCCCGACGACGGCAAACCCUUCUUCGCAUAG